AUGUCUUUUUCAAGUAUGAAAUUAAUUUUAAGAACCAUUACAUAUAUAGUUUUGCUAUUACUCCAUUACGACACCUUUAAAAAAUUAUAUAUAAAAAAUAAUUGCCAAAAAAUAUACACAAAAAUAACAUAUAGUAGAUCCUUAGCAGAAUAUGAUACAUUAGUAGUAAUAAAUCAACAGACAGCUAAUAAUAAUUCGUCUUCUAAUUCUAAUAAUAGUAAUAAUGAAACCAAUGAAGGUCUAUCUUUUUUUAAUGAAAUUUUGGGUACGGAACUAGCAUUAUAUAAUUCAAAAUGGAAUGAAUCAAAUAAAAUUGAUAAAAUAUGUACACAUAUUAAAAAAUAUAAAUAUGAUAUAAUAAAUACAGAUUAUAAGAAAGUUUUUACGAAUGAAAAAAAUAUAAUUCAUAAAUAUAUGAAAAAUAUUUUUGAAAACAAAAAUGUAGAUUGUAAAUAUUUUUUUGGAAAAAUAAACAAUUCUUUAGAUAACCUAAAAAAUAAAGUUAUAUAUAUAUUCAGUAAUAAAAAUGUAUUAAUCCCUACAAUAUAUUCAAUCUUAUUUAAAAUAAUUAAUUCUAUAUUUACAAUAAUUACGGGAGCUAUUACAUCAGUAGUUCUUACUCAAUUAUUCUAUUUAAUUAAAAGCCUUUGGUCUGUUAACCCUCUAUUAUCUAUAUUCUUAUUAACAAUAUCUUCAAUAUUUAUUUUUAUGAUUGCUGUCAUUGCACAUGCUUUAAAUUCUUAA